AUGUCACUGAGGAGGCAGGACCUGGUGUGCAUCGUGUGCUUCGGCAGCUAUGACCUGGCCACACGGUUGCCGCGGCGACUUCACUGUGGCCACGCCUUCUGCCAGGCCUGUCUGAAGAGACUGGACACGGUCAUCAACGAACAGGUCUGGAUCCCGUGUCCUCAGUGUCGACAGAACACGCCCCGGCCCAGAGGAGGAGCGGCCGGUCUGGACUUGGACUUGGCCUCCUUCCUGGGCGUGAAGGCCCAGCAGACCUGCACCUCCUCCUGCUCCCUCUCCUCCUGGAGCUCGGGGCGCAGGGAGGGGACGCCGGCGGGGGACAUGGCCCAGGACGGGAAGCUUUGGCUGGGGAAGGAGGUCACGGACGACGGCUGGUCACACGGAGGGCUGGCCGAGCCGCGCUUCCAUCGCUACGGAAACUGCUGCCCGCCGCCGUCCUAUUGGCUGUGCUGCUUGUUCUGCUGCCCGGGGCGGGGCUAA